AUGUCACAGCCUUCGGAAACUGCUGCAGGUGGGUAUUAUCCCCACAGGUCAAUAGAAACGCUGGUGGUGGUGCUGGCGGUGAUCACCAUCGUCGUGGUGUUCGCCGGAAUGGUGGCCCGGCUUUGCGGGGGAAGGCACUUGAGCAGCCGCGAGCAUGAUGUUGAAGGAUGGGUAGAGAGGAAGUGCCGGAGCUGCAUCGACGGCGGGGUUGCUGCAGUCCCGCCUCCGCCUCCGGCGGCGCCGACGGCGCCGGAGGAAGCAGCGAAACCAGAACCGGAAGCGAAGGCAGCAGGGGAAGAGGCAAAGAAGUGA